AUGGAAUACUGUUUGGUGGAUUUAGGAAUUCGUCGCGUCUCAAAUACCGGUGAAACGGUGCAGGAGGAAAAGUUAAAUCAGUUCAAAUAUGAAAAACAAUCCUACACACCGUUGAGCUCGACGCUGGAUGUGAAAUCGGUGAUCCAAUAUGUGCGUCGUGUUCCGGAGUUCACGCUCCGCGAGCGAACCGAGGCGGCGGACUGCACGGCGGUCUAUCUUGGUGUGUUCCUGCGUAUGAGACCCCCAUCCGAAUCCUUCGAUUAUGGAUGCUUCGGUGCACGGCAACGGUUGUGCGGUUUGCUCUUCACCGAAGCUGACCGGAGUGACCCCAUCAGCGAAGAACUCGCGGCGACAACGGCAUCUACCUCUACCGAAACCUCCACAGAAGUCCUGUCGGUUGAGCAGUUCUAUCAUCAGCUACGAAUACGCCAUCAACAGUACAACACAGAGUCGGGGUCCGCCACCGAUUCGUCUAUUCCAGACACCAACGAUCUACCACUUCGUGUUCAGAUGCGUCCCUACCAGCAGCAAGCGCUACGAUGGUUGCUAAGGCGGGAAACCGGCACCGAAACACUGCCAGCCUCCUUUGUGCGGCUUCAAUGUUCUUCCAUUCCAGAGAUUAACUUUUACCGGGAUCUGUACAGUUUCGAGGUGUACGAUAGCGAACCAGCGGCCAUUCCGAUUCCGUCCGGGGGCAUUUUGGCCGAUGAAAUGGGCAUGGGUAAGACGGUCGAGAUUCUCGCUCUGAUUUUGUCCAACAGCAGGCAAAUGGUGGUUCCCUCGCACAAUCUCAGCCACCACGACGACGACUACAGUUCCGACGAGAAUGACGAGGAGUUGAUGUGUCUCUGUCUCAAGACGCACAGGAGGAAAACGAUCGUGUGCCUGAAUUGUAAAAGACUGCAGCAUCGUGCCUGCGUGCUUAAGUAUAACAUCACGUCGGACGCUUGGCAUUUGUGUCCCGAGUGCUGGCGCACGGAACCGCUGGUCGAAUCCCGUGCCACAAUAAUUGUCUCCCCGGUUUCGAUCAAACAUCAGUGGCUCAGCGAAAUCCGCAAGCACGUUAGCAAGCCCGGCUUUCGUGUUUUUAUGUAUAAUGGGGUGACGGAACCGGGCGGAUGGAUUAGCCCGCUCGAUCUCGCCUCGUACGAUGUGGUGCUCACGGACUACAACGUGCUGAAACCGGAGUUGUACUUUACGGAGGAGAACAGACGCUAUUCUCGGCAUGAGAAGCGAUAUCUGCAGGCGGCUACACCGCUCACAAUGAUACGCUGGUGGCGCGUAUGUCUCGAUGAAGCGCAGAUGGUCGAAGGAGUGAACAACAGCGCCUCGAAAAUGGUCAAGGCACUGCCGGCCGUACAUCGAUGGACGGUAACCGGUACUCCGAUCGAAAAGACGAUCAACAAUCUGCACGGAUUGGUGCAUUUUCUCGAUUACGCACCGUACAAUGAAUACUCGAUCUGGCGCGAAUAUAGCGAGCAGUUUCUCCAUGGUAACGCGGAACCACUGUUGACCGUGAUGAGCCGUAUUAUGUGGCGUACGUGCAAGACGGCCGUGCUGGAUCAGCUUGGCAUUCCGCCUCAGACAGAACGGGUACACUAUGUCCGCAUGUCGGAUCUACAGAACUUGUACUAUCUCGACGAGCAUCGACGCUGUGCCGAGGCCUUCCACCUGAAAGCACAGAAGCUUGGUUCGGAUCAAUCGAUGGCGAAACUGAACAUUCAGCUGCUGAAUCAGCUGAUGGAACCGCUACGCAAGUUGCGCCUCGAUUGUACCAUUCCCUCGGUCCUGUACGCCAACAAUGCGGUGUCCACGAAGAAGCUGCUAACACCGACGGAACUGCACGAGCAUCUCGUGAGCGUGAAUGUGAACGAGUGCAAGUCACAGCUUCGAUCGAUCGUGUCCUCACUCAACGGUAUGGCCGCGCUGCACAUCCUGCAGCAGAAGCCCGACCAGGCGGUUCGUUUGUACGAAGCCAGUCUGCGAUACGCUAAGGACUAUACCGGUACCAUCUGUGUGGAUUCGUUGCUUCAGAUACAUGCUCUGCAUAACCUGAUCGAUGUGUUACGAACUGGAGCAGUGGAGGACGAGCAACAGAAGCAGCAAAUGGCUGAGUAUCAGGAACGGUAUGCAAGGCUCGAGUGGCGUUAUGUUGAUCAGUACGCUAGUAAGGUACGCUCUAUCGCUACGGAGCUCGAACCGGCCAUGCGUAAAGUGGAACAGCUGGAAAGCGAAGCGUUCGAUCUGAGAGGAAGCUACUGGUGGCUGGACUCGCUCGCUACCCUUGAGGCCGACUCACAGCGUCACUGGCCACUGUUUCAGACAAUGAUAACACGGCUCGGGGAUCCCCAUGUCCGGUCUUCGCGUGGUUUGGGUCUGGCAUUGACCAACUGGUGGGAACGGUUAGUCAAGCGACAUCAGGAUCUUCGAGCUGCUUUCGUAAAGCUCGAGUUCUUCGUGAACAAUCUCAAACCCAGGCAACAGUGGGCCGACGGAAUCGCACAACGUAUAGAAGCGCUAGUAUCGACUGCCUUCGCCUGUCAUCUCGAUCCGGCGCUCGCGCAGGCAGAAGAGGAGAACGGGGAAAACAGUGGCGGUCUGGAGAUGGUUCGCAGUAAGCAGCCGGCUCCUCUGUGUUUACUGUGCCAGAUCAAGGACACACUGAAGCAGCUCGAGGCCGUACUGUACAUGCAAACGAAGGCCCAAGUCGCUACCGGUGGCUUAUGGCAGAUCACAAACGAGGAAGCCGUUCUUAAGCUGCUGGAUGGUCGUGAUAAGGGAGGAGGCCAAGAUAAGGAGGAAGGUGCGAAGGAACUACAAAGCCCAAGUGCCCGCUUCUUUGCGUAUCUCGAGGCGAUCAAAUCGGAGAGCAAAGAGUACUCGAGCUACUGGGUCGAGGUUAACUAUACGGUGGCCGCGUACGAUGAGCUGAACAUGUGUAAAUCGCGCUUCCAACUGAUCAGUCUGGAAGAGUACCAGGCGAUGCAGCGGGCGAAGAAGAAACCGACGAUCAUGCAGCUGCUCAAGAGUGAUCUCGAAGGUGCAAUGCGUGAUUUGCAUGAUACGAAACUGCUGGCGGAACGAGACUUUCUGCGCCUCCAGGGCACCCUGAAAUAUCUGGCGCAUCUCGGAGUACGGCAAGAGAUCGAUCCCUGCCCGAUCUGUCAGACGAUCCCCGAUGAAACCUAUGCCGUGCUGCAGUGUGGACACCAUUUUUGCAGGGAAUGUAUCGAUACGAUCAAGCAGCUGGCAGUUUCCAGGGGGAACAUUAUGACCUGUGGCGUAUGUCGCCAUCAACAGAGCGUUCAAGAAAUGCGCUACGUGACACUCAUUCCCAAACCGGCGACCGAGCAAAUCGUGUACGGUAAUUAUUCCGCAAAGAUACUGAAAAUCGUCCUAACGGUUAAGGAGCUGAAGGCGGCGGAGCCGGACGUAAAGAUCGUCAUCUUCUCGCACUGGGAAUCGAUUCUGGUGAAGCUUGCCGCCGCAUUGAAAGAGAACGGUGUCACUUAUCGUGAAAAGUCGCAGAAAUUCUACCUCGCCGUCGACGAGUUUAAGGAUUACUCGGCCGGGGUCACCUGCCUCCUGAUGCCCCUGCGCUUCGGUUCGAAGGGGCUUAAUUUAACCGAAGCGACGCACGUGUUUCUGGUGGAACCGAUUCUGAAUCCGGGCGAGGAACAGCAAGCCAUAGGUCGCGUCCACCGUAUCGGACAAACACGACCGACGGUCGUCCAUCGGUUUAUCGUGCUGCGCACGAUCGAAGAGAAGAUACACGAAACGAUCCAACAGGACCGCAGUGGCCGUUGGCUCGCGAAGGAUGUGAGGAUCGAGGAACUGGAGCAACUGUUCCGGCUAGGUGCAGCACAAUGAACCGCCAAUUUCCAGCUAAAUAUACUGUCAAUCUUAAUAAAAAAGAGAACGAAGAACGAAGGAUGUUUGCGUAAAGGGAUUUAUUCGUCGGCAAAAUAUACAAAACAAAAG